UUUGCUGAAGCUGCCUCGUUUUAUUGAAAAAUUGAAGAAUUUUCUUCAUAUUGUAUCUUAUUUUUCUUAUAAUUGUGUUAAUUUAAAUAUGUCUAAACGAAGGAUUGAAGUGAUGGAUCCGUUUAUUAAGAAAAAGAGGGAAGAGAAAGCCGCGGCCGCGGCGAAGUCCGGUGGCAGCGGGGAGACGUCAGACUCGGUCGCCACACUUGGAACUGCACUCCCUCCGACAGCUACCAGUACGCCUGGUAUCAACCAGUAUUCAGGCUCACCGCAUACUCCACGAUACCACGAACUCCUGCGACGUCGACUCGGCCUCCCCGUUUGGGAAUACAAAAACGAUUUCAUGAGACUUUUGAACACGCACCAGUGUGUCGUGUUAGUUGGUGAAACGGGAUCCGGUAAGACAACUCAAAUACCGCAAUGGUGCGUGGAGUUCGCGGCGAUCACGGCGGGGAAGUCCCACGGAGUUGCCUGCACCCAACCCAGGCGAGUGGCCGCGAUGUCAGUCGCUCAGAGAGUCGCGGAGGAGAUGGACGUGCCGCUCGGACAACAGGUCGGUUACAGCAUUCGUUUCGAAGACUGCUCCGGGCCCCAGACGGUACUCAAAUAUAUGACAGAUGGUAUGUUGCUGCGUGAGGCGAUGUCAGAUCCGAUGCUGGAACAGUACAGGGUCAUACUUCUCGACGAGGCCCACGAGAGGACAUUGGCCACGGAUAUCCUCAUGGGGGUACUGAAGGAGGUGAUAAAGCAAAGGACGGAUUUGAAGCUAGUCAUUAUGUCCGCGACACUAGACGCUGGAAAGUUCCAGCAGUACUUUGACAAUGCCCCCCUGAUGAACGUCCCGGGUAGGACACAUCCGGUGGAAAUCUUUUACACCCCCCAACCGGAGAGGGACUACCUGGAGGCGGCGAUACGAACCGUCAUUCAAAUCCACAUAUGCGAGGAGAUAGCCGGUGAUAUACUGCUGUUCCUCACCGGUCAGGAGGAGAUCGAGGACGCCUGCAAGCGGAUCAAACGUGAAAUUGACAACCUGGGACCGGAAGUCGGCGAGCUCAAGUGUAUACCGCUAUACUCGACGCUGCCGCCGAACCUUCAGCAAAGGAUAUUCGAGCAGGCUCCUCCGAACCGGGCCAACGGCGCCAUCGGCAGGAAGGUGGUCGUGUCGACGAACAUCGCGGAGACGUCGCUGACGAUAGACGGCGUGGUGUUCGUGAUAGACACGGGCUUCUCGAAGCAGAAGGUGUACAACCCGCGGAUCCGCGUGGAGUCGCUGCUGGUGUCGCCCAUCAGCAAAGCGUCGGCGCAGCAGCGCGCCGGUCGCGCUGGCCGCACGAGACCCGGAAAGUGCUUCCGCCUGUACACCGAGAAGGCCUACAAGCAUGAGAUGCAAGACAACACCUACCCCGAGAUUCUGAGAUCAAACUUAGGAUCUGUAGUUUUGCAGUUGAAAAAGCUGGGUAUCGACGACCUCGUGCACUUUGACUUCAUGGACCCGCCCGCGCCCGAGACCCUGAUGAGGGCCUUGGAGCUCCUCAACUACCUGGCAGCGCUCGACGACGACGGUAACCUGACAGACCUCGGCGCCGUCAUGGCGGAGUUCCCCCUCGACCCCCAGCUGGCGAAGAUGUUGAUAGCGAGCUGCAACCACAACUGUUCCAAUGAGAUACUAUCAAUCACUGCCAUGCUCUCUGUUCCACAAUGCUUCGUGCGACCGAAUGAGGCCCGCAAGGCGGCUGACGAGGCAAAGAUGCGCUUCGCGCACAUUGACGGUGACCACCUCACGCUACUGAACGUGUAUCACGCUUUCAAGCAAAACAUGGAAGACCCCCACUGGUGCUACGAUAACUUCAUCAACUACAGAUCACUUAAAUCCGGUGACAAUGUUAGACAACAACUCAGCCGGAUCAUGGACAGAUUUAACUUGAAAAGGACAAGCACAGAGUUCACAAGCAAAGAUUAUUAUAUUAAUAUAAGGAAAGCACUCGUCAAUGGUUUCUUUAUGCAGGUCGCUCACUUGGAACGUACGGGACACUAUUUAACAGUUAAGGAUAACCAAGUGGUCCAGCUUCAUCCGUCAACCUGCCUCGAUCACAAACCGGACUGGGUCAUAUACAAUGAAUUUGUACUUACAACAAAAAAUUACAUUCGUACCGUCACAGAUAUCAAACCGGAAUGGUUGCUGAAGAUUGCACCGCAGUACUACGAGUUAAACAAUUUCCCUCAGUGCGAGGCACGGAGACAGCUGGAACUUCUACAGGCCCGUCUCGAUUCCAAGGCCUACCAAGAGGGAUUCUAAGGUCACUCUGAGUGAUCUCGGGUCAUAUGUUAUACCUAACCGUGACAGACUUGAAACGUUUUAAACAUCGGAUUUUAAUAAUUAUAAUAAAAAAGUGUUUUUAUUGCUGAGUCUUAGUGAUGGGUCGCAUAUUGGUUUUAAUAAAACAUAUGUUCAUUUAGUUUUCCAAUGCGUAAUAAUUAAAUUUUUAAACUGCUGAAAUCUGAAACGAUUAUCAAUGCAAACAAAUCAGUCUAAUCACCUAUUCUGAAUAUUAUAUUUAUGACUGGUCUUUUAUUUCUUAUUCAUCAUUCAUAUAAUAUGUGUCGUAUUGGAACAACUAGAAAUCAUUGCAUUAAGAAUUUAAUUGAACUAUUCUAAAUGAAUACUUAAAAUUUAUUAAUUGGUUAUUACGAAUCGACCAAUUUCAAUAUAUAUCAACAUCAAGUUAGUUAAUCUGAUAAUGAUUCUUUGUUGUUAAGUGUAAAAGUUUUAUUAUAAUAAUUAUAUUUUUAUUUUGUCGCUAUAAUCGAGCAGUACUGCUUCAUGUCAAAUCAAAUUAAAUCAAAACAUUUUUUUAUACAAAUAGACAUUUAAAAGUACAUUUGAAUUGUCAUGAGUUACCCAGUUGUAACACCAAUGUGUUCAAUAGGGAUAUGUACUGGAUAUCGAUAGUAAAACAAAUAUUCGUCCCGUCACUAUGAAUGACGUCAUAAAAGAUUAAUUAUCUUAGCGUUAUAAGGAGACUGUAGUCCCUUAAGGUUUAGUGAUUGAACUGACUGUGGCAAGGCUUUGAUUUAUAUUUAAUAUUAUCUAAGCCAGCCCGUUGGAGCCCAGGAGCCGAACAUGUCGGUGUUCCUGGGACAUUAAAAAUGGCCCGGUCAUUUAUUGAACUAAGAGAGAAUAAUUGAUAAUGUUUUAAAAUGGUUUUAUCUUAUGGAUACGGAUGUUUUUUAUUUUCUUAUCUAUAAAAGUAUAUCAUAUCGUGGAGGCCCCGAGGAUAGAGACCCUAUCCUGCCUCGUUGUUCACCCUAAAUGCCAUUGCCUAUGUUGUGAUGCCUAUUUUAAAUUUUAGGCCUGUGCCUCUUCAGCCUAUGUACAUCCAUACGGAUUAACGGUUAUGUAAUGAAUACAGGACACAAACACAAAGAUACAUUAAUUGUUAUAUAAAGAUGUAACGUUACGUAUUGUAUUCGUUAGAUUUUUAUAAAGAAUUGCUUUUUGCAAUUAUUAAUUAUCUGUGAAUUUGAGAGUAGCAUUUUUGUUUUUUUUUUUUUUUGUUACCGCAUACAAUGUUGUUUUAGAUAGAGGCGGUAUAAAAUUGUGAUGUGUAGGAUGUCUGUCUCCAAGUUAAGUGUGAAGCGUGUUAAUAGACACGAUUUGUAAAUGGCGAACGGAAUCGUGCCGUCUCUAUCGAUCAAUAUUCCCAUCUCCGUUGUACAUGGUACAGUCAGAAAAACAAGCUCACGUAUAUGAAUAGCAUCAUGCACAAAUGACUUGUAUUGUAUAAUAAGUAUGGGUAAUAUAAAAUAUUCAUUUAAUAUGUUCUGCUGACUACUAUAAUGUAUAUGUAUACGCUAUUCCAAUUGAAGGAGUAAAUAAUAAACAAACCUUAGAUUUACAUAUUCCACGCAAUUUUCUAAUAGCUUUGCUGUAUUGUACACUACGAACAGUUCUCUUAACUACUUACAUACACAUUGAUUUUACUUCCGAAAUUCUUCAACAUUAAAAACUCCUUUUACACGAAAUCUAUGUAUCAUAGAUUAUUUUUUUUUUUUUUUUCGUUGAACAGGAAGGCGACGAGCAUAUGGGCCACCUGAUGGUAAGUGGUCACCAACGCCCAUAGACAUUGGAAUUGUAAGAAAUGUCAACCAUCGCUUACGUCACCAAUGCGCCACCAACCUUGGGAACUAAGAUGUUAUGUCCCUUGUGCCUGUAAUUACACUGGCUCACUCACCCUUCAAACCGGAACACAACAAUAUCAAGUAUUGCUGUUUUGCGGUAGAAUAUCUGAUGAGUGGGUGGUACCUACCCAGACGAGCUUGCACAAAGUUCUACCACCAGUGUUUAUCCAGGGUCUCGGCCAAUGAUAUCGGUCAAAGUUUGUUUGUUUGUCUUUACUUUUCUCGUGGUUGGAAGUAAUUUCCUACCUUUAUCAUAUUUAUUGGCGCGCUCUAUAACCGUGAUGUUGUGACGCAGAAUUUAGAUUUUUACUAUUUUAUUAUUAUUUAUUAUUUUAAAAACGAUAUGUUUAGAUAAACAUGUAAAAGUUUCGACCUUAAACGAAUCUGUUUGCCUUAAAAAUUUAUGUUACAAGAUAGAACCAGCAGUGUCAUAUUUUUUUUUUUUUUUUUAUAUAAAUAAGAAAUAAUUUGAAAUAUGUAUGGAAAUGUUAUUUUAUUAGUAUAUAUCAUCAAUUCAAUACAAUUUUUAUAAGUAAAAGUAUUAUAAGAACGGUUUGAGUAAAUAGUUAAUGUGCACUGUUGGGUCUCCGUCUUUUUUGAAAAUGUUGGUCCUGCAUCAGAUAUGAAAAUCAAAAUCAUUUUUUUUUUUUCAAUAUAUAUAUAAGCAUUACAUUUACAAAUGGAUUAGCAAAAACAACUGCCAGUUUAAAUAAGACAACACCCUGAACCGACAAGAACCGAUGAAAGAAACCUUUUUUGUCUUUUUUGUCGAGUGAUCGUUUCGUCCAUUAACAAAUUAAUUGUAUUAUAAACGUUUGCAAACUUAGCUUUAUAUUUAGCAUCAGAUACCUUUUGUAUGUAUGUAUUUAUUUAAGUGCCACAUCGGAUUAUGAGAGUGCAUGGAGAGUGACUUGUGUACGCGCACACACCGUUACUAUACAAUCAUAUCGCAAUUGGUUAGUCUUGAGAUUUGAUAUCGAUCAUAAAAUGUAUCAAAAUUGUGUUGUAUUUUAUUCUUAACUUAAUUUAAAAUGUUUGACUUUGUUCAUCCGCUGUGAGAAUGGUUUCCUAACGUCUGUGAGUUACGAAAUAUAAAAAAGUUGUUUUUAACAAUAAACGUUUAGCGAGUGGGUAGUUAAACAACGCUGUGUCUUCUUUUGAAUGUGAAAUCAGUUAUGAGAGAAAGAGAGAAAUAAGUGUUUAACUAACAGCCGCUAAGCAAAAUUUAUAUAAAUAGGGCCGUUAUCGUUUUCUUAUUUAAAAUAAUUGUAUUAUUCAUAUAGCAAAUAAAUCAUAUAAGGACCCCUCCCCUCGGUCCGUAGAAAAGUACCCUGCGAAAUUUUAUGAUAAUCGGAGUAGUUAAGACGAAACAAACUUCAUAUUUAUGCAUCAGUUAUGUUCGCUUCUUCAAAGUGACCUUCUUGGAUCCGAUGACGACGUCAGAAACGCAUUCUCUCCGCGGACCGACGUUUGUUCAAAUAUUGUACAAUUGUAAUGAAAUGAAGGAACUAGAUCGCUAGUAUAACUAGAUAUUUUUUUUAAUAAUAGGCGUUAUCCUGAAAACUCAAGUCUGUCGCAGUUCAAAGGUAGUUUCGAGCAAAAUAUGGACUUGCGUGAUAGUGAUGUGUACGUGAAAUAAAGCUAUGUGUAAGAUA